AUGCACCAGUCUUAUCCCCUCAAAAUCAACCAGAAAAAAGUAAAAGAUGUCAAGGUUUUAGUGCAGAAAUAUGUUCCAAAAGCUGACCAUUGGUACUACAAUGAAAUAUUGGGCGAUAUUGAUGGGGAAGAAUAUCUUGAAAAUAUUGAGAAUUCAGAAGAACCCGCCUAUGACUCAGACUCUUCUUUUAUAUAA